GGGGAUUUCCCUACUCGUCAUUCACAAACAUGUACGAACACUUUCUCAGUUCAUCUUUUUGAUCAAAGAACUAGAACAGUCCAAGAUCAAAGGCUGGCAAUGGCUGAAGGAGCUGGAGAGCCGUCUGCUAGCGGUCAAAUUCCUGCUGGGCUAGGGAUAUCAGCGGAGAAGCUAAUGGGACAGUCAAAGUCUUCUGCUGAAGAGUUUGUAGAUUUCAAAGAUCUCUCCGAGCCUCAAGAGGGCACCAAUAAGCUAUUUCUGGUUUGCUUCAACUGCAAGUGUAAAGUAAUGUGUCCUGGAUAUGGUACUCUUGUGGAGAAAGAGCGAUUUCUGCCUUCAAUGACGGAAAAGUACAAGAUUGGUGAGGAGCCGAAAGGUGAUGACCUAAAGAAGUUCUGGCUAGUCAAGGACAUGUUUCACUUUGAGAAUGUCGGUUUCUCUAAGACGGUGAAUGGCACUGAGCAGUUCCUGAUUUGUGCUGACUGUGAGAUUGGCCCAAUCGGUUGGUAUGACAUUCAGAACAAAACAGAAAUUUAUGUUGCUGCGGAACGAGUUAGAUAUGCAACUAAAUAGGUAUUCAUUAUUUAAUUUUUGUGUUUUAUUAUGUACGGUACAUGUACAUGUAAUUUAUUUUUGGAGUGCAUAAUAAAUUUAUACCUGCAUAAUUAGCGAUGUACAAUGUAGAAUUAAUUUAUUCUUUUGACCAAAAUUAA